AUGGCACUAUUCAUCUUCAGGGUUUUGGGUUUCCCUUUCAUCCCCCUCCCGCCACAACCCCCCUCCCCACCCUUUCCCUCCCUCCCACCCUUUCCCUCCCUCCCUCCCUCCCUCCCUCCCUCCCUCCCUCCCUCCCUGCCUCCCUCCCUCCCUCCCUCACUCUCUCGCUCCCUCGCCCUGGUUCCUCAUUCCCCCUUCCCAGGUAUCGCAUCAGCCCGUCUCAAGGAGCUGUAUCGCAUCAGCCUGUCAGAAGGAGCUGUGAGCGUUGCAGAACCCCCUACCUCUUCCUCCCCCCCUGCUGUGUCUUCCGCCAAUGCCGCCGAUGGUGCUUCUAACGAAGGUGACAGUAACGGAGGCGGGGCUGAGCCUACCCGAAGCGGCCGCUUCGACUCUCUGGUCCAGUCGGCAAAGAAUUUCUUCCUGCCCGCUGGAUACCCGGUCAGCCUGACCAGCGACUACACAAGCUACAUGCUCUGGCAGUUCCCGGUGCACAUAACGGGGUGGGCCUCCUCAACCCUCGUCACAUCCACGCUGCUGCAAGCAGUUGGAGUCGGGUCGCUCGUUAAAGCCACAGCCACUGCUGCUGCCGGCACUGCCGCUGCCACUGGUGCUGCUGCUGCUACUGGCGCUGCUACUGGUGCCGCUGCUGGCGCUACUGCUGCUGGUACGGCCGGCACCGUUGCAGCAGGAGCAGCAACCCUCGCAACCACAGCAGCGGCAGCAGCAGCCGCCCUCCCCGCCGUAGACCCCGCCUCUGCUGCCGCCGCCACCGCCGCCAUCAAAUGGGUGGCAAAGGACGGCAUAGGCGCGGUCGGGCGCCUCCUCGUGGGUGGCAGGUUCGGCAGCAUCUUCGACGAGGAUCCGAAGCAGUGGAGGCUCGUCGCGGACCUAAUCGGCUCGGCCGGAGCAAUCUUCGAACUAGCCACCCCCCUCGCGCCGACCCACUUUCUCCUCCUCGCAUCCCUCGGAAACCUCACAAAGGCCAUUGCGAAAGGGCUCAAAGACCCGUCGGCUAGGGUUAUCCAGACUCACUUUGCGCUGCAGGCGAAUGUGGGGGAGGUGGUAGCGAAGGAGGAGGUGUAUAAGGUGAUGGCUCAGCUGGUGGGGCUGGGCUGUGGCGUGCUGCUGCUCAGCUCGCCCUACAUUGCCGAGUCGUAUUGGAGCCUGGUCACCACGUGGGCUGUGAUUCGCUCGACUCACCUCGCCUUUCGGUUCAAGUCGCUUUCUGUGCUCGAGUUUGACUCUUUGAAUUUCAAGCGCACCGCCAUCCUUGCCCGAGCGCAUGUCUCAGGGGCGGCAGAGCUGCCCUCAGUGCAGGCAGUGAACCGAAGGGAGCGCCUUUGGCUGCCACGCCGCCUCACGUCCCCUCGCAUAAACCUUGGUUGCUCCCUUGCUGACGUGUCCACCCUGCUGGAACAACAGUCGGCCAACCGGAUACCAAUCACAGACCUCCUGUCACUGUACCGGGAGGAGCAGCAUGUGCUUCUAAUGGAUGACAACGGCUCCUUUUCUGUCAUCUUCAAGCAAGGAGCAUCCAAGGGGACGGUUCUGAGGGUCGUGUGGCAGGCGUGUUGGCUGCAGCAGCAGAUGAGGGGGACGAGCAGACAGCAUGGGGCAGAUGGGGAGGAGGGUCACUCUGAUGCCACCGACAGAAGCAACGGCAGCAGCAGUGGAGACAUUAGCAUUCUGCAGGCAUCGUUGGAUGCGUUAGGCAGUCGGUUUGAGGGGUUCCUUGCCCAGGCGGCUGCAGCAGGGUGGGACACUAACACGCUGGUGGCCAAGGUGCCUCCCUCUGCACCUCUCCUCAUCCUGGAGUUUGAGUGGUUCCUGGCCAAGGCGACUGCCGCAGGGUGGAAUAACAACACUCUCGUGGCAAAGGUGCCUCCCUCCGCCCCCCUGCUCAUGCUGUAA